AUGUCCAUCCCCCUUCACACCAUAACAUCCCUCCGCACCACCUUCUCCCCCUUCAGCCCCUUCUCCAAGUCCUGCCGCCUCUUCAUCUCCCUCCUCCAAAACCCCUCAACGGCCAACCCCGCCUCGCCCACACAUAUCAACAUCGACAUCACCCAGUUGCCGCGAGGGUCUAAGCAACUACCUGAGAUGACGGUGGGGUUUAAGGGUGGCAAGGAGUUGAGGUUGGAGGUUGGCAGGCUAAGGAUGGGUUUUAAGGAUGUUGUGGAGGAGGUAGGGAGGAUUGGAAGGUUGUUGGCGAAGGAGGAGAGUUUGAAGGGUGAUGGGCAGCGGGGGAACACCGGGUCUUCGUGA